GGGCCGGGGGCUGCCGCGGGGGCAGUGCCACCCUCCCGGGCUAUAAAUGCCCGCCGUGCCCCGGCGCCUCAUCCCGACUCGCCGAGGAUCUGAUCCGCACCGAACCGGCUGGCCAUGGCGUGUCCCCUGGAGCAGGCGAUGGCCCUCAUGGUCACCACCUUCCACAAGUACUCGGCCAAGGAGGGCGACAAGUACAAGCUCAGCAAGGCGGAGCUCAAGGAGCUGCUCAACAAGGAGCUCCCCGUCUUCGGCAGCAAACAAAUGGACGAGGCCGAGUUCAAGCGGCUGAUGAACGACCUGGACCACAACAAGGACAGCGAGGUGGAUUUCAAGGAGUACGUUUGCUUCCUGGCCUGCAUCACCAUGGGCUUCAACGAGUUCUUCAAGGACGACCCCAGCAAGCAGCACCGCAGGAAGUGACCCCGGAGUGACCCCCGGAGUGACCCUGGAGUGACCCUGGAGUGACCCCCGGAGUGACCCCUCGAGUGACCCCCGGAGU